AUGCGUUCAUCUUUGGUAUCAAUGCUGGCCUUCAGCGCAGCACUCGUCUUUGCUGUCCCGGCUCCAUCUCGCGUGUCAAACCUGGUCAAGAAAGCCACCUCAUGCACCUUCAGCUCGGCCGCCAGCGUCAGCGCUAGCAAAAAGUCGUGUUCGACAAUUGUGCUGGACAACAUCGAAGUCCCUGCCGGCGAGACCCUGGACUUAUCGAACCUGAAGUCCGGCACCGAGGUGAUUUUUCAAGGCGAAACCACCUUCGGAUACAAGGAAUGGAAGGGCCCGCUCAUCCGCAUGCCGGGAUCGAACAUUGCCGUUUCGGGCUCGUCGGACCACAUUAUCAACGGCGGUGGUGCGCGGUGGUGGGACACCAAGAGCACGAAUGGCGGCAAGACGAAGCCCAAGUUCUUUUACGCGCACGGCCUAGAUGACUCGACCAUUACAGGCUUGAAUGUGACUAACACCCCGGUCCAGGCAUUUAGCGUGUAG